GCUUAAUUUCAAAACAUUCCUCAGAUAUUACAUCUUUAGGGAACGAGAAAGAAAGAAAGAAAGAAAGAAAGAAAGAAAGAAAGAAAGAAAGAAAGAAAGAAAGAAAGAAAGAAAGAAAGAAGCAGCAGCAGGGGAAUAAACAAGUGAAGUGCAGGUCUGUGUCAGAGGUUUGUCUGUUUCCUUCCUCAGAAACAGGAAAACCGUUGCCCAGUCAGAUAAGCUGCCUCACUUCUCUGAACAGAGAAAACAAUCACUCCUUUGCAGUUUGAUGGACCCCGUACUGAAGUAGUCACUGCUAAUACUCUCCUUUCCGAAGACGUCUCAAAAUGUUGGACAGAGGAAAACUGCUCUUUAUUGCAGUCAUUUACAGCACUAUCCACAGCCACGUGACUGAUGUUAUUGUGAAACCACUGAAUAUGUCCCUGGAUGUUGUGGAUGAUCUGUAUGAUGGAUGUCAUGAAGAAGCCAAAGAGAAGUUCAUCCCCGACUUGUUAAAACAAGAGCUCAACAUGACUGAGGCGUUCCAGAGAGCAUGGAACGCUAAUUCCAGAUGUUCCGCUCUGAUCCCUGGAGGAACUAAAGACCACACUGCUGCACUUUCAGUCCUCCACUUUGGGAAUGCAGACUUUUUAAAGGAACUUAGCAAAGCCGUGGAGACAAUGGGAGCAAACAUUACCACCUACGAAAACAACUUCCAUUUCAAGUCCCUUCAUUUUCUGCUUACAGAUUCCAUGAUGAUGCUGAACCAGAGUCAAAUGUGCAAAAGCAUGUUUGCUUUCAUGGACAACCAAAAGGAAAUGCCAUUAAAAGGCUCCAAGGUGAGAUUUACUAGUUUCACCUUGGUCCACUCAGACUUCGAAAGCCUCGGAGAUGUGGAAGGAGAAACGGUUUUAAAAAUCGAAUCUUGUUUCUACGUCGACCUGGAUGACCACAUCUGUCAGAYAAACCUUUUAAAAACACUUUUAUCUCCGGCUGAAGUCUUCACUGUAAAGAGCAUAAAGAAUAUAAACAAUGAUGAGUAUACUGAGGUCACUUUAAAUCAUCACAGCGUGAACAGCACCCACAACUGUUACAUGUUCCCAAGGUCCGCAGCAGUCAUCUCCACCCAGUUGUUUGUUCCUCUGCUUGUGGCCUCACUUCCUUUUUCUUGGUAUGUUUGACAAAAAUGAUUUUAUCUCAGAAUCACUGAAACCAGAGAACACAACUCUGGGUUUUCAGCUUUCAUGUAUAACUACCAAAUAAUUAAUAAUAGUUUCAAAUAAAGUUUUUUUCUUUCCUCUGCAUUUUUAGAUUUGUUUAUGAAUAUACUUUUUGAUUUUGCUUUCAUAAUAUUCAAAUAGUUUGGAAAGAUGUCAGGAAGUUAAUGAAGUUCAUAACAAAAUGCUGACAAAUAACUCAUCMUUCAGCUUCUUUUGUUCUGACAACAAAACCAAUCAUUGACCUCAUCACGGUGGCGUUAACAGAAGUGGUUUCAUGAUUGUGCAAAUUUCAGAUUAUAAAUAAAUGAACUCUGCAAGUGAAUGGGGAAUAGAUUUGUUGCUGAAAAGCAAUACGAACUUCCUGAUUUGUCAACUGUGCUCUUCUGAACUUUGAAAAUCARUGAACUUAGUUAGUUUUGCAUUUUGAAAGUUCAGCUUUUUUAUCUUAACUUUAGACACAAAUAUCUGAGUGUAAAUGUUUUUGACUGAAGAGUUUUGUUACUCAUUCUGACACCUGCUGCACACAGUUUUGUUUGACUCCUUUUAGUUGUUUUUUUUACUAUUGUUGGUUUGAUGAUUUUUUUAAUGACGUAUAGUGCUUUUACCUUUACGUGUGAUUUGGAUUUUAGUGGUUUGAGCUGCUGCAUAUCUCGGCAAGACACUCUUACAUGUGAGAUUUUAAGUUUCAUGGAUUCUUUCUUGUUUUUUUUUUGUUUGUUUUGUUUUUGUUUUUUGCAAAUGAAGAAGAAAUAUUAAAACUAAAGUUGAA